UAUUUUAAUAUUUUCAAAAGCGAACAAUGAAAAAAAAAAAAACGAAAAGAUGCCCGGUGGUGUGUCGCCCGGACUCUCCCGCGGAGGACACCGGAGUCAUGUUGUCGAACGUAAAAAAGAUAUCUAUUUACAAUUCCCGCGGAGGACACCGAGGAGGUGUGAACCGUGCGUUGGUCCGCGGAUCUGAUGACUUUUUUCCUACUCAUUCUCAGCAUUGAAUAAUAAGACCGCUUGAAACAAUCCGAAAAGCAGAAAGGGCCCUCGCUCGUACACAUGCGGGUCGAGCGCGACGCCGGGAGGUCUCACGAUGCCUCAGCAGGAGCCCGAAAAGAGAAACGACAGUCCCACGUGUCGGACUUAUCAAAAUCGAAACAUGAGACACAUUUUACCGACAAAAAAAGUCGGUCGACCCGUCGUUGGUUCACAAACAAUCAAUUCAAGUUAUGUGGGUCAAAGCGUGAUAUCGGUUUACGACCGGCUAACCGCGAUAUGGCAACAACCACCACCGCCUAUUUAUACGGCGCUGAGCUUUUUGUCAGUCGCAUGGGGUGAUUCUGUCCUAAACAUCACAUCCGCCGAAAUGUGCUUCCUAUGUGGUUGCGCGCUGACCGGGUGAAGAAAGACCGCGAGAAGCGCGCGGUGGGACGAGGGGAAAGCUACGACAGGAACCACCACCUCGCUUUCUUCAACGGCUUUAAACAUCCGCUGCACCGGGGCGUUGAUCGUGAAUCACGUGAACUUUUUUUUUUUACGCAACGA